GUGCAGCAACUGCUACAGACCAUAAGCAACUUCACCCUUAAACCACAACUCCUCACCACUUUGUCACCGGUGCUUUGGGUUUAAGAGGAUUAAUACCAGCAGCAAGACCUACAGAAGCUUCUAAUCAGGAAACUUAACAUCAAAUCAAACCUCAGUAAUAAUAAUAAUAUGGGAAAAGAAAGUGUUUGCUUUUUGACUAUUUGGAUAACUUUGGGAAAAAUAUUUGCAACUUUUUCUUCAGAUGCUGAACCUACCAACGCAACACUUUUUGUGAACACCACAGCCACCUCUGCUCCUCUGCCGACCACCACUGAAUGGCUGACAGACUUCUCGGACAUCGUGUCCAAGUUCUCCCUGCGCACUGCGGAGCUGCCAGAAGAUGAUAUCUGUUACUUGGUGCCCGGCAGACCAGAAACCAUCAAAGAAUGUGAAUUCAAUGCAGAAACGCAGACCUUCAUCGUGAUACAUGGCUGGACGGUGACAGGGAUGUUUGAGAGCUGGGUGCCCAAACUGGUCUCUGCUCUGUACGAACGUGAACCCACCGCCAACGUGAUCGUGGUUGACUGGCUGACCCGGGCCAACCAGCACUACCCAACCUCUGCAGCAUACACCAAGCUAGUGGGCCGUGACGUCGCUAAGUUCGUUUCCUGGUUGCAGGAUGAGCUGCAGCUGCCCUGGGAGAGGAUCCAUCUGCUGGGUUACAGUCUGGGAGCUCAUGUGGCUGGGAUCGCUGGAGGCCUCACUGACAACAAGAUCAGCAGGAUCACAGGUUUGGAUCCGGCUGGUCCCACCUUCGAACACGCAGACGAACAGAGCACCUUGUCCCGAGGCGAUGCUCAGUUCGUGGACGUCCUGCACACCAACACCAGGGGUUCUCCUGACCGCAGCAUCGGCAUCCAGAGACCCGUGGGUCACAUCGACAUCUACCCCAAUGGAGGCACCUUCCAGCCGGGGUGCGACAUCCAGAACACCUUGCUGGGGAUCGCAUUGGAGGGAAUCAAGGGCCUGCAAAAUAUGGACCAGCUGGUGAAAUGUUCCCACGAGCGCUCCAUCCAUCUGUUCAUCGACUCUCUGGUGAACACCCAGCAGAAGAGCAUGGCCUACCGCUGCAACUCCAAAGACACCUUCAACAAGGGAAUGUGCCUCAGCUGCCGGAAGAACCGCUGCAACAUGCUCGGCUACAACAUCAACAAAGUCCGCACAGCCCGCAGCACGAAGAUGUUCCUCAAAACCCGUGAUAUGAUGCCGUACAAAGUCUUUCACUACCAAGUAAAAGCACACUUCUUCAGCAAAGACAAGAUGAGCUUCACUGAGCAGCCGAUGAAGAUCUCUCUCUAUGGAACCCACGGAGAGAAGGAGAACAUCGCCUUUGUCCUACCAAUGCUGAAUGAUAACUCCACCUUGUCCUUCCUCAUCACCACCGACGUGGACAUCGGCGACCUGAUGAUCGUCAAGCUGCAGUGGGAGAAGGAUGCCAUCCUCAGCUGGUCUGACUGGUGGGGCAGCAGCCAGUUUCACCUCCGAAAGCUUCGCAUCAAAUGUGGAGAGACUCAGUCCAAGGUCAUCUUCAACGCAAAAGAUGGAGAGUUUGCUUACCUCGUGCGAGGAGGGGAACAAGCGGUCUUCGUCAAGUCAAAAGAGGACAAUCUAAGCCGUAAAGAAAGACGGAUGCACAGGCUCAAAAUGCAGGGGAGUCUUUUUGAACAAAACACCGCUUGAAGCAAACUUGAAGAUUUCCCAUCAUGCGCAUCAUCCAUCUCUACUAACCCAGCCAAGGAUGGACAGCCCACAGAAACAAUGGGAAAGCCUUUACAUAUCCUUGGACCCAGAUUCACCCCUCCCCCACCCCAGUGAAACCAACAUAACCUCGUCCCCAGCGCUCUACACCAGUCAGCUCAUGACCUCCCACCUCUCUCUGCAAACUCUGCUGCUGAAAAUGUUACUGAUUACUUCUUCAUGACGUGCUUUUCUCCUUUUUUAAACAACUUUAUGCUAUCAGUAGUGUAAUGGAAAUGAAGGGUAUUACAAUUUAAUUAAUGACCAGAGAUAUUAAUGGUCCAUACCUGGCAUGGACCCCAUCUCUGGACCUUGGCUUUUAAAAUCAGAAGAGUGUUCUUUUUAUUACAGGGAAAUUCAAAAUACACUUUGCAUGAAACGAGAGACAAGAGAAUAGAGAGAGACCUCGGAACGUUUAAGCAAAAUUUAUUAUCUAAAUUAUUUUAAACAAUUAACAGGACUAACUCUCUAGUGAUGGAUGCGAAUGGAAUUGAAUGAGGUGGAGUGUGUGUUGGUGCAAUGUCAGCUCAGAACCCCCCGUUCUGGAGAAGCGAGUCUGAGUGGGAGAUGUUGUUUUGCUCCUAACUGAUCGACGUUUGAACCUUGGUCAGAAAAGGCAUGAGACGCUAUCGGUGCCGUUCUACAUUACCCGUCAGGGAGUCUCCCCUACAGAUCAGGCUGCCAGGUCCUCGACCUCCCAACGAUACUGGAGCCGAACGAAGCAGUGUCCUCAGCACGACAAACCAGUCUUUGGGUAGGCUCCAGGUAAAAACGGCAGGUGUUUCACAGUGUCAGAAGGGACCCCCCCUUUAGGUCAGGGAGUUCAGCUUUUAUUCUGAAGGAACCGUUGUUUGUUGAUAACAACGACAGGAUUUUCCCAGCUUGGCAGUUCUCAGCUUAAAAGUAAAAAGUACAGAUGGCCGGUCCGUACUCCACUUAGCAAUGAGGAACAUCAGAUGAUUUUGAGAGCUGGCUGAAGACUGAACUCAAAAUGGCGUUGUUCUGACUUAUUAAUCUUUGAUGUUUACGAUUCUGGACGAAUCACAGCUGACAGAUUAAACAAACACCACAGAGACUCUGCCACGCUUCAGAUGUGAAGGUUCUGAUUGGAUUUUGCGACCGGAAUGUGUCAUGAUUAUUUAUCUUGUGAAUCAGCUGUCUAGUGGCUACAAUACGUCAUUUCCUUAAUAAACAUUAUUCAUAACAUUGUGAUUUCACAGAUCGGUCACAUGGUUAUUAUUGACUAACAAUAGUUUUGAUUAGCUUUAUUAAAAUAGAGUUCUUUGAUUAAUUAAAAGAAAAGAGUUCAUUCUUCGUUCUUCUGUCUUCACUGCUGGAACGUAAACAUUAGGAGUGAAUGCAUGACCUUGGGCUGUUUCAUGCACUCUGGCACUGUGUCAAACAGAACAGCUGUUUAGAGGGGAGAAAUGGCUCCGUCAUCACGUUACAGUAGCUUUUGCUGCAUUGUAAUCGCUGUUUAUGCUUUUGUAUCAUACUUGUACUGUUUUUACGGGCUUUUGUUACAUUUUGAAACCCAAAACGAUGGAUUUCCUGUGCCAAUGUGAACUUGGAUUAUUGGUAAUGUAUUGAUGAUUCCUAGUGAUAGGCAUAAUUACUGCACAUCAUUGCAUGUCCGUUUGAUCACUUUGCACCCACCGCUUGCCUUUUUAUAACCACUGAUUGCCAACAAUCGACAGGGACCAAAGAAGCAUUUGCUAUCUACUGAACGGAGAAUCACAACCUCGCUGUCCUUUUUUGUAAAUACUGUAAUCACUAUCAAUAAUGUUUUCUUUGAAUAUGAGUUAUGUGAAAACACCUUAUCUUUUGAAGCCUUGUUUGUUCUUUAAUGGUGUUUGUUUUGUGUCACUGGUCACUUUAAAAGACCAUUUAGAUGUGAAAACCUUUGAUUGCACUCCAAUAGGGAUCUGCAUUAUCUAAUUAUGUCUUCUAUUUUGUCAUAAAAACAAACUCUUUUCUCCUGUCUCACCUGAGACAAUUUACCUCAGCAAUUAAACUCAGCUCUUAAAAAAGACGUGCAAGCCUUUGAAAUCUGUCUACAAUAAUGUCCAAGAUUCAUCUCAAGAGUACUCAGUACUGUAUUUAUUGAUUGUACAUUUAUACAUUUGUAUAUAAAGCUGUAAUAUAUGUUGGCAGGCUUGCAUAUGUGUCUGUAUUUCUAUAAAAAGUGAAGUCAUUUGUGUUGUUCAUGGAAAAGGCUUUGGAAGCAUCAAUCCGACUGAAUUCCAUGCCAGCUGCUGAGUGCACUGUGUAGAAAAAGAGGCCAAAAAUAAAGAUUUAAUAAAGAGUAACACCCCACAUCAA